UCAGUCUGACUCUGAACUCAUGUUUACAAUGGCAGCUGCAACUACCCACUCCUUCUCUAACUUUCAGAGAUUACGCAUUAAUUAAACAAGAAGGUUGGUGGUUUCAACAGAACAGUGGAGGACUUGUCAAUCUUGUAAUGGUUUAGGAAACCAUACAACUUCUCAGGGAGGUCAGUUUAUCCUUGAAUUAGGAUGAUUAAACUACUGAUCUACUCCUCUCUAGCCUGGAGUACGAUGGGACAGAACACUGGAGGUUUCUUUUUCGGACCGUCAGAAGUAGGCGAAUAUGCUGAGGAAGGAGAUUGUACAGACAACCGAGGGCAAAGCAUACCGGAAGGAUUACUUUUUACUCCGGGUCAGGACGAAUGCCAGGUCUGUACAUGUCUUCGAAAAAUGCCCGUCCUUUGUAGGACGGUUCUAUGUGCUCCCCCAAUGAACUGUGUGAGUUUAAGAGUUGGAGAUGCGUGUUGUCAAUGGAUCUGUGAUGAUGUUGAACCUCCUCCAGGUUCUAUAAGUGAUAUUGGACUGAGACUGGUUGCAUCAGCGAUUACAGCGAUCCUCUCGCUCUCUUUGCUCUUUUUUCUCAUAUACAGACUCAGACAGAGACGGUUGAGAGGGAGACAAAACCAUCUUCAGGCAGAAAGCUUUAAUUCAGUUCUAGGUCAAACUGAGGAUUGCUGGGUCGGGGAUACUCAGCUUUCAUCCCAUGGAGUAGAUUGGAGAAAACCUUUGGAAGGGACCUUUAAUCGACCUUUUCCUCCUUCCUACGAUGAAGCAGUUUCCUCCACUAACACCGGUGAAACCCACUUAGAGGACCCAGGGAAUCCUGCUCCACCCUAUCAAGGACCUGUUCUACCAUAUCAAGUCGCAACCUUGGGUCGAAGAGUUUUUCCAGUAGGUAUUGACUCCACAAGUACACUUCCUUCAGUUCUCCGACGAAUACGGAGAAAUACUCCGGACAGGGAUGAAAGAGUAAACGAACCUGAACCUGAAUGGGUUCGUCCUGAAGUCCGUAUAAAUCUUCAUCCUUCUUCAACUCGGCAUUCAAAUCCUCUUUUCCGGCAUUCAUUGCAGAUAUGUUCCGGAUACUCAGAGGAUUCUCUUCCUUCUGGUAUCUCACGGUAUCCUGAGCCGGAGACCGAUGAAUCGUUGGUUCCUGGGGAUUCAAUGGAACAGGAACAGAACCAGAGUUUGGAAAACAUGGUUCUGAACCAGCGCUCGGUACAAGACAGAAGCUUUGAACAGAAUCGGGGCAGGGAACGUAACAGGGAACAGAACAGGAGCAAGGAUCUGAACAGGAGUUCAGAUCUGAACAGGAGUGCAGAUCUGAACAGGAGUGCAGAUCUUAACAGGCGCACAGAUCUGAGCAGGAGUACAGAUCUGAACAGGAGUGUAAAUUUAAAUAUGAAUGCAGAACAUGCUUUGAAUACAGAUGAGGUUCUGAGUGCAGAGAAUGAUAAAACUGCAGAACAAGAUCUUAAUAGAGUAGAGCAUGAGAAUACGACAAAAGAAAUAAUUUCUGUAUCUAGCCCAGUUCAAGAGAUAACACAUCCUGGAGCUAGUCCAAUGCGAGGGUUAAUUAAUCCCGGAGUUGGUCCAGUUCCUGUAGGCAGUCCAGUUCGAGGCAAAAUAAGUCCUGCAAUACAGAGCUCUGACGAGCUGCCAUAUCUAACCCAAACUACAGUGUAAAACAAAGAAAAUUUUUACCAAAUUUUAAUUUCCCUCAAUAAGAGGGUUUUGUUAUAUUUCUGUUAUUGAAGCAGCCUGUUUUGUUUUAUUACACAUUAUGUAUACAUUAGAAAUAUUAUAGAUAGAUAUAAUACAUUAUAAAUCUUC